AAAUGACAAGGAUAAGACCAUCCGCGGAGGCAAGUCUCUCUCUCUCUCUGAUGGACUGAACGAGACUUUCUUUCCUUCUCAGGGUUUUUAGGGUUCGACUUCCAGGGCCUGAAAAUCUCUGCCUGAAUUAGUGUAUGCUUUGAAACUCUGAGGUGGGUGUCUAAAUCAAACCCUAGUUUGAAAGCUAGGGAUUUUUUGUGUGUGUGGAGAGAUGGAUGUUGAUGGGGGUACAAGUGGGGAGGAUGGUAAGCAUUGCGUUGAUGGAGUACAGUUAAAGCGUGAAGCCACAAACAAUGGGUUUGGGCAUGAUGCCGGUGAUGGGAGUUCGGGUGCAAGUGAUGUAUUUCUAACUUAUAAGAGGCGAAGACAUGGAAAGUCGAAUUCAGGGAGCAAACUCCCAGAGGGCAGGACAGCUUUGGCUGAGGCUGCUAGUCAAUUUGCUGACCAGAGUCAUUGGAGGAAUGCUGUACCAGUACUACAGAAGAUGUAUAAGUCAUUACGUGAUACCGGUGCUGUACAGGAUUGCAUUAGAGAUACACUUUCGUUUCACCAAGGAAUAGAUUCUGCAACCAUGGCUAAGGAAUAUGAUACUUGUACUGGAGGUAGGCUUAAAAGAUCUUCACAAAUGGGAUCAACUUCUAAUGGAACUCAAUAUGUGGCUAAAGAGCACACUGGUGUUUUAUCAAACGGAUCUACAAAUGCAAUAGAUCAUCGUUCAUGCCCUGAGAUGUGUAUGAAUGCUUUUUCUGAUAUCCUCGUAUCAGAAAAGUUCAAUUCACUUUGUAAGCUACUGGUUGAGAAUUUUCAGGGAGUGAAGGGGGAUAGUCUUUUUAAUCUAAGCCUCAUAAAUUCAAGGAUGAAGGAGGGAGCUUAUGAGCAAAAACCUGAGCUUUUCUCAGUUGAUGUUCAGCAGGUAUGGAGGCAACUUGAGAUGAUUGGGACUGAAAUGAGUUCUCUUGCAAAGAGCCUUUCAGAUUUGUCAGUUGCUUACUGCAAUGAACAUAUUCGCAAGUCUGGUGCCAAACUAGAGCAAACAGAAGCUAUAUACAAAGUCUGCAUUUGUAGGUUCUGUGGGACUACCGCAGAUGGGAGGGAUUGUUUAGUAUGUGAUUCAUGUGAGGAAAUGUACCAUGUUUCCUGCAUUGAGCCUGCUGUCAAGGAGGUUCCUCCAAAAAGUUGGUAUUGCUCUGUCUGCACAGGAAAGGGUAUUGGAUCCCCCCAUGAGAACUGUGAACUGUGUGAGAGGCUAAGUGCUUCUUUAGUUAAUCAAGUUGCUGAUGACAUUAGUCCGAGAAGUCAGAGAUUUAAGGAAUUUGAUGAGAAUUCAAAUGUUACCUCAGAGGAUGGACAUCGACAGUUAAAAGGAAACGAGGAAUGUAAAAUUUGUCGAAGUAAGUUAGAAAAUGGUGAUGAGUUCAGAAUAUGUGAUCAUGCCUUGUGUGACUAUAAGUAUUACCAUACGAGGUGUCUGACAAUCAAGCAGUUGAAAUCACACUGUCCCCAUUGGUAUUGCCCUUCUUGUCUGUGUAGGAUUUGCCUCACUGAUAAGGAUGAUGAUCAGAUUGUUCUAUGUGAUGCCUGUGAUGAAGCAUACCAUACUUAUUGCAUGAGUCCUCCACGCUCAUCUAUACCAAAAGGGAAAUGGUUUUGUGUAAAAUGUCAUUCUCAAAUCCAGCAAAUACGCAGAGUAAGAAGAGCAUAUGAGAAACUUCAAAAUAAGGCGAAGGAUGAAGAGGGUAAAAUGGCACUUGAGAAUUCUGAAAAUGAACCAAGUGAGAAUGGUCAAACAGAAUCGGAUAAAUGUGGAGUUGGAAUGGACAUGCUUCUAAACGCAGCCAAUACUCUGAAUUAUGAGGAAAAGGUUCCUGCUGUUCGUAUGUAGAGUUAAGAGCCAUGAAGAUUCAAAUUCUAUGGUAUUUUAAUUGAUUUUGAUGAUGUACAUUCACCUCCCAAUACCAAGGAUUUCUUUUGUUGACAUGGAUUGGAACUCUGGUAGAUUUUACUGACUGUGUAUUGACUUCGAUGGAGGCGCAAAUCUGAACAUUAUAUAUUUCCAAUGCUGGUGCUACAUAAAUGAUGUGUAGUUUUGUCCUUGACAAGGGGAUUAGGAAAAUAUUACUUUAGCAGAAACUUUCUUUUUGAUUGUUGGCUUUUAACAUUUUGUUCGAUUUGUAUACAAAUAUUCAAAGGGGUAUCGGAAGCUAAUGGUUCUCCAUUUUGUUGUAGAACAAAGAAACUUUAACGAAUGUGUUAUCUUUUACAAUGAAA